GUCGGCAAAGUCCUCGCUGGUUACCGAGACCCGCACCUGCCAUGCGUCACGCCCACGAUUGCCAGCUUGAGCGAGCUUCUUCCUGCGCUCGAGUACGCCCAGCUGCUAACCCUGCGCGGCCAGCUCUUCAAGAACGUCAGCGGCUUCACGGACACCACGCUCAACGUCGACGCCUUAGUCCUGGAUGCGGCGCUCGCGUCCCUGCUCAUCCAUCUUGACGACGUCGCAACGACACUGUGGCACACGGCAACCCAAAAGAAACCACAGUUUGUUCGUGCUGACCUCAAGGCAGGCGUCAACAUCAUGACCAUAGCAGCAGGGCGAGAGGUAGACGUACCAACGGCGCCACUGGACCGGGACGGCGUCGCGUAUCAGCUGUGGAAGCAGCGUGUCUGGACGCUAGCGGAAGACUUGGACAAGAAGGUCAACGCAGCGCUUGGGAGUAUCGACGGUAAAGGCCGAUCCAAAACCGCGGGGUCGCUACGGAAGCGCUGGAGAAAGCUGCGCGUUGACCACCGCUCUGCGUACGACGCGCUCCGCUCAGCAUUUAUCACCCGCAAAUCGAACGGUGGCAUCGUCGACCGCUGCACACCAGCUAGUCACCAAUGGAAGCAAAAAGACUUGGAGUCGUAG